GGAUCGGGGCCGAGGGGCUCUGCAGCUCCUGGAGGUGGGCGGUGCGCCCCGCCAGUGCGCGGUUCCGGGCUGCGCCGAAAACGUCAGGAGGCUUACUGGGUUUUGUUUCUCAGUUAAAGGAUGAGAAGCAGUAAGGAGCCAUUUUUUGUGAAAUUCAUAAAGUCUUCUGGGAACUCGGAGUAUUUUUUUAAAGCUCUUGAGUCUAUAAAAGAAUUUCAGUCAGAAGAACAUCUCCAGAUCCUUGAAGAAGAAACAGCGCUCAAUAUAAAAGAAAAUGAUAAAUCACUUUACAUUUGUGAUCCUUUUAAAGGCGUUGUUUUCAAUCAUCUCAAAAAGCUUGGUUGUAGAAUUGUUGGACCCCAGGUAGUCCUGUACUGUAUGCAGUCCCAGCGAUGCGUCCCAAGAGCUGAGUAUCCAGUGUACAAUAUGACCAUGGCCGAUGUAACAGUAUCCUGUACCAGCCUUGAAAAAGAUGUUAGGGAAGAAGUUCACAAUUAUGUGCAGAUGAUGGGUGGACGUGUGUACAGAGACCUCAAUGUGUCAGUAACUCACCUUAUAGCUGGAGAAGUUGGCAGCAAGAAAUACUUAGUAGCUGCUUCUCUGAAAAAACCUAUUUUGCUUCCCUCUUGGGUUAAGAUGCUGUGGGAUAAGUCUCAGCAAAGCAUAAUGAGAUACACUGAUGUUAACAUGGAAGACUACGCUUGUCCUGUGUUCCUUGGCUGCACAAUUUGUGUGACUGGCUUAAGUAAUUCAGACAGGAAAGAAGUCCAACGCCUUACUGCUGAACAUGGUGGGCAAUAUACAGGGCACCUCAAGAUGAAUGAAUGUACUCACCUCAUAGUUCAAGAGCCAGAAG